CAUUUUAAAACCAGUAAAAACAUUAAGAAACAAACAUCAAAACAAGUGGGCUAAAAUAUCAUGUUGGUGAAUAAGAAGAGUGUUCAAAGAGAAGUGAGCAGUUUAGUUUGAAGGGUUUUAAUUAGAGGAACUUAAAACACAGAAACAACAAAACCAUUUAACUACUUUAACACAAUGUGAAGAAGUCAUCUACAUCUGCCAGGCAUGACACUCCACUGCCUGUCUGCUGGGAUCUGAAGCUGUGUGGAGGAUAUGUAAAAUAUCUGAGAUGUGCCCGGUGGAACCAAAGUGUUAAAUCACACACUUGUGAUAACGACCUCAGCCUGUCAGUGAGGAGACGUUACAGUCGGAGUUGCAGAUUGUGUUGUGGCUGCCAACUGUGUGGAGUUUAAUGUCAUGUCUCCUCAGGGAGCCGUUCCAAAAGGAAACGCCACUAAGAAGUACAUGGAGAGUCUGCAGCUGAAGCCGGGCGAGGUCAUCUGCAAAUGUCCAAAAUGCUGCAGCAUCAAACCUGAGCGGGCUCAUCACUGCAGUAUCUGUAAGCGCUGCAUCCGUAAGAUGGACCACCACUGUCCCUGGGUCAACAACUGUGUCGGGGAGAAGAACCAGCGCUUCUUCGUCCUCUUCACUAUGUACAUCGCUGUGAUCUCAGGUCACGCUCUGGCUCUCUGUGGAUACCAGUUCAUCACCUGCGUCAGAGUCCAGUGGAGCGAGUGCAGUGACUUCUCUCCUCCGGUCACCAUGAUGCUGAUGAUCUUCCUCUGCAUGGAGGCACUCCUCUUCCUCACCUUCACAGCUGUUAUGUUCAGCACUCAGCUGCACUCCAUCUGCAACGACGAGACGGAGAUCGAGCGUCUGAAGAACGAGAAGCCGACGUGGGAGCGUCAGACUCGCUGGGCCGGGCUGAGGUCUGUGUUUGGAGGUCAGCCGUCACUGAUGUGGAUCAGCCCCUUCGCUGGACUCAAACUGCCAACCUUUGUCCGCAAACGCACCUGGAGGGGCGGGGCAGAGUUCUCCGUCUGACCACCUGUCUGUCAAACACUACACAGUGGAGGGAUUGAAGCCGAACUGCAGCGGUGCUGAUGAACCUGCAGCGAGUCCAGCUGGCUUCACAGAUCCCAGCAGGAUGUUUCUGAGCCGGAGAAACCAGGUGACUGGUCUCCAUCUUCAUCAUACCUUCGUCAUCGCUGGGGGAGCUUCGAUGUUUCCGGGUCAGACGGACUGCAGGCCGACGCUGCGACACGCGUGAAGAACCUUUUUAUUGCUCUGACAACACGUUCAGGCUCAGAGUCUGGAUGUUUUUUAAAUGUGCUCGUUAAGAUGCUGGAUCUUCUGAGAGCCGUUACUGAACACAGAUUCUGUUAUCGGACUGAUAAUCAUAUGAACCACUGCUGUAACUAAAGCUGUCACCAUGAAAUGAAAUAUUCUGCAGUUAAUAUAACGAUUCUUCCUUUCUGUUGACUUUAAAUGACAUCAUGUGCGUCUGUUUAAAGGGACCCUGUGCAGUUUUUUGUUCCUACAUUCAUCAGAACUCAUCGUGUGCUUUUCCUUCAGCCAGUUAUUUUAAAUCUUUAACUGUUUGCAUCAGUGUUUUACUGUCCUGGUCUUCUGCUGUUGGUUCGUUGCUGUUUGUCAGCACGUUACCUCCUGUAGACCAGUGGAACGGUGUCAGACUGUGUCGGCCACAUCAUGUGCAUCAGAACCAGAACCCGCUCAUAAAAGCUCCUCUCCAUGGUGCUGCGGAAGGUGAGAAUUCACAGGGAACCUUGAAGAAAUCAACUUCAACACCAUCGAGUUCCUCCCUCACAAGCAGGAUUUUUAAUUGUCAAUAAAUCCAACACGCCACAUUUUCUUCA